CGUGCAACAACUUUAGCUAUGAGGUAAACACAGAACAAAACUUUCCAUCCGGAGCUCCUUCACCAGACUCCACACAUGUAAACAAUCACUUCAUCGGGCUCGCGCCAUUCAGGCGGCUCUCGGUCCCGCCCAGACUCAUCAGCGUUACCAAGCCAACCAAUCACAGAGCAUACGCUACGUGACGUGUAGUUACAUUUUUUUAAGAGGUGCACGUCAGCGACGCCGACGGCCACGGCGAAGGGCUAUGCGUCAGUGCCGCAGCAUACGCCGGCGUUUGACGCAGAAGUAUAAAUCAGCCUUAAGCCUGGAUGCACAGCUCUCUCACACACUGCAUACACCGCGCUAUACUGCCUGCAGGAGCCCCUACACCUGUUUAAACCCUUGCCAUAUGAACACAAAACCCUAACCAAAACUAAAACCCUAACCCUAUCAAAACAAACAACCCUGAGUUUAAGACUCACCUGCCCACAGGUAACACUCUUUCACCUCACUGACACCUUAACCCACACAAACACUGCAAUAAUGGAGUGUGUUUCUCACAGGUGAGUGGGCUUCACAAACCACCUGUAGAAACUCAAUAAAACAACUCGAGCACUAAUUCUCUGAGCACAAGCAAGUUCCUCUGUGUAAUCAGCAGGUGUUGUGUGCAUGGCCUCGUGUUGAAGCGCUGAAUGCCUCCUCAAUUAAGUCACUUUAGUCAUAAGUGUCUGCCAGAUGUAAGACAGUAAAAUCUCUACAGAACCUCCUUUAUUUGUACCGUGGUGAAGAACAGCAGCUGGCAUCGGCACAUUCAGACCAACAGAGUUUCAAGGGAAGUUAAGACCGCUCUACACAUCUGAGACGUUUAAAAAGAAAAGGAAAAUACCCUGAGUUUACAUGAUAUACUGUGCUUCUCCUUUGGGUCAACCACAUCUCCUCUGGGGCAACUGGUUAUCUUUUGGGGUGACUGGAUCUUUGGGUUAAGUGGAUUUUUUUCUGCGGCAGCUGGUUUUUCUCUGAGGUGACUGCUUCUCCUAUGGCAUGAUUCUCGUCUGGUUUCUUCAGGUGAGCAGUUUUUCUUUGCUGUGGCUGUUCUUUUUUGGGCAGAACGGUUUUUCUUUGGGCCAACCUGAUUCUCUUUGGGGUAACUGGUUUUCCUUUGGGGGGGGAACAGGUUCUCAUUUGGGCAGCUGAUUUUUCUCGAGGGUAACCAGUUCUUUUCUGAGAUGAUAGGUUCUCCUUUGGGAUGACCGGUUCUCAUUUGGCCAAAGGUGUUGUGCUUGAGAAUGAUGAGCGUCCCUCGUGGAGGAGCAGCAGGUCUGAGUCGGUCACCACAUGAUCGAUGUAGAGGAGGUUUUUUCGUUUUGUUUACAGGAAGAUUACCCUUAGUAACUUGCACUUGGAAAGCUCUUCUCAUUUUCAGAUCCCAAAACAAGUCCAGUGUUCAGCUGUUAGGAGGUCAAUAAGAUAUACAGAUUUACUCAGAUUUUAUGGUCGUCCAUUUAUUUAUUUAUUGUUCAAGCAUUGAUGAGAACAUUCAGAAUUUUAGUUCUUUUUAUUUCACACUUAAAAUGACAAACUAAUAUGACUAAUUACAGCUAUUUAUUGACUCAACCUCCACAGUGGUCAACUCACCACACCGUUGAGCAAGAAACAUUUCUUUUGCAGAGAAAUCCAAGCACACGCAAUCUAGUGUCUGUCUAAACUGAGAACGCUCUGUCAUGUGAGAUUACGACAUCUGAACAUGCUGAUGACAGGACAAAUGACUCACUUCAUGUCAUGUUUGAUGAUGAAUAAAUGUUGUCAAAGGUGAUGAAUGACAGAUUGGUGUAAGAGUUAUUAAAGGGAACUUGAUUUUCACACUUCAGUUUACAGCGUCGGGCCUGUAGAUCAGUAAAUCUGUGUGUUGAUGAUGAUAAACACCACAUCCAGAACAUCUGUCUGCUUCAAGCUGAUCACUCUUACAUCAAACUCAUUAUCCAGCUGUAUAAUAAUUGACAAUCUUACACUUCCUUAGAAGCAAUCUCGCUGCCUAUAAAUAUCCUGGUAGGGAAGCUACAAAAAGUGUGUCAGUUUCCUCUUUGUUUUCCCCCGCAAUGUACAAACACUGGCAUUUAUUUUAGAAAACCACACGUUCAUCAGACAGAGACACAACAGAGGCAUACUCUAAUAUCAGCUGCGGAGAGCUCUAGUGUGCUGUACAUGCUGAUAGUGUGGUCAAAUAAACUCGCCGGAUCUGUCCAGCAGCUUAGGGUCUCGUGUUGUUUCGUUUCUGCAUGCAGUAGCCUGACCAUAUAUGCCCGCUUCUGCUUUUAAAGCAGAAAAGAUUGAGGCUUCAGUGUCUCUUCAGCGGACGUCUGUCUCUAUGUAUGGAUCUCUGUCUUCUUCUGUGUGUUCUGAGAAGAUGAGUUCGAUUAGCUCUCUGAUUUGUAAAUGUGGAAUUUCCAUGUAUUGGUGAGGAAACGUGGUCUGCGGAUUCAGGGUUUCCCCUAUAACCUGUCCAUAAAACAGAGAACAUCCGUCCGCCUGUCGCACACGCUUCUGCCUUGACUUCUGUCUCUCCACGGUUAUUAAACCUCUUCAUCAUCGGCAUCAUGGUCAUCAGCACACAGAGACUCUCUGGGUUCAGCACAUGCGUUGCCUUCAUUUCUGUCAGAUUAAUCCUAGCCUCUGCACAGACUCUGAAAGACAGUUGUGUGGUUGUGGGUCCAGAGAUCCCAGAUUUUCACACUCCAGGUGAGGCCGUUAUCAUCAGAUUCCCGUUUCUGGAAGAUGCCAUUCGUUAUAGGAGAUUACGACUGGAUAACAGCUCCUCAUUCCAUGUGAAUCACACGAGUCUGAGUAACCAGAGCAGUCUGAGGCUGCACCGAGACCGGGUAAAGCUGAGUGGACGCGGGGUCUUACUGCUGCCGGGCCAGACCACAGACUCCGGAACCUACAGCUACACCCUCAGGAGUGACACAUUCUGUCUGACGGGGAGUAUUUCCAUCACGGUGUCUGCAGAUCUGAACACCACAGUAAUGCCCUUCAGCACAUAUGCAGGAGCAGACACCAGGAUCAUCUGCCCACAUCUACAAUACUACACACGGACACAAAACGCCAGGUGGCACAAGAAUUUUGAGAGCAGAGCGCUCCCUGUUGGCAGAGGAAGGUACAGCAUUGAGAAGGGCAUCAUUCUGGCCAUCAGAAACAUCUCUGUGGAGGACGAGGGCUACUACACCUGCAGACUGACUGUGGUGGUCAACAACGCACAGUACAACGUCAGCCGCACCUGGAGAGUGCACGUGACAGGCUCGCAGCUGCUGCUCCAGUGUGUAGUGUCGGCUGUAAAUCCCUCAUCUGCAGAGCUGACCUGGCUGAUCAACGGAAACACACCUGAACACUCUCACCUGGCCGGACGAGCGCUGCAGUCGCAGAACAGAAUCACAGACCUCACUGUGGAGGUGCAGCUGCUGAUCUCCAUCCUCCAUGAGGAAGACCACGGCACAGAGCUGAGCUGCAGAUGGAGAAACCAGGAGCAGAAGCUGGAGGUGCUGACCUACAUCAGACUGACAGACUCCGGGUCCUGGUGGUCGGUGGCCGCCGUCAUCUCCUGCUGUUUUCUGCUGGUGCUCGCUGUUUUCUCCUGUCAGCUGUGUCGAAAGAAUGAGAAACGAGGAGAUUACGUUCUGGCUCGACAGAACAGCAGUGUGUGAAGAUCUGUACAACACAACUUCUCUCAUGCAUAGCCUCAAUAAAAAAGCAAACUUGUUUAACGCA